CUGUCGGUGUGCAUUUGUAUUGGGCAAUUGGUCCCGUAAUUUUUCUCAACGACACACACGGGGUUUUUACUUUCGCACUUUCUUCACUGAAAAGGGAAAACAACCGGCCACAUUUGGCUUCCAACGAUUACCGCGAGCGCAGGUUUCUGCUGUGCCGUUCCGUGCCGUUUGCCAUCUGGCCUUCGAACUCGAGCACAGUUAGUUUUCUUCCUUCUGCCCUCCUCCGGCAGCGGUGUGACAAUCUCCCGGAAGGCUCGAAUUACGACACUGCAGCGGUGAAGAUGUUUGAAGAAGCGGACAAUUUUGCCGACCUGUUUCGCGGCGGGCUGCCGUACUAUCUGCUGAUCACGCUACCGAUACUGAUCAUCUGCUCGUCGAAUCCGGUGCUGGCCGCGAGCGAGUUUGGCGUUCAGCGGAUGUCACAGUACGAUGUGCACGGUGUCGCUUACGGUUGCCGCGCGUCCGCCUUAAACCUGGAAGCCAAAUCCCUCUACACCUGGCAGACGUCCCGGCAUUGCGUGAUGACCCGGUUGCAGGACAUGACCAUCGACCAUUUCCGGGAAAUCCGUGCCAAGGCGGGCGGUCUGGUAGUUCUGCUGCCGGAAGAUACGGCCGCCCUGAGCUUGGAGGACAAGCAGCACAUUCACCUGCUCGAACAGGCGAUGAUGGUGCAGGAUGUCCCCAUUCCGGUGUACUUCUCCAAGUACGACCCGAAGCUGAAUGGCAUCAUCGAUGAGGUAACGCGUACGACCGUGCGCACCCAGAAGCAGAGCGCCCAGAAGCGUGAUUCCGCGUUUAGCGAAAUCUUCGGAUCCAUCUCCGCCAACGGGUACCAGAUCGUGGUGUCCGGUGCGUCCCAUACCGCCAACAAGCAGUCCAAGAUACCGAUCAUUCAGGGCGAGCUGGCCCCGCUCAAGCCGGGCAAAACGCUCGACGGCGACAGCAAGCUGCCGCUGAUCAUUGUCACGGCACAUCUCGACACGUUCGGGCUGACCAACUCCCGGCAGAGCAAUGCGGAUGUGGCCGUACUGCUGACGCUGGUCGAGCUGUUCAGCAAGCUGCACGCCAGCAUCCCCAAGUAUCGGCUCAUCUUUCUGGUGUCGGAAUCGGGCCUGCUGCUCAACUUCCAGGGCAUGAAGAAGUGGCUCGAUUCGAACCUGGACGAGAAUGUGCAGAUACAGCAUGCGGAGUUUGUCGUGUGCCUCGACACGAUCGGCAAGCUGCUGGCGAACGAAAACAUCUACAUGCACGUGUCGAAACCGCCGAAGGAGGGCACAGCGAUGAACAGCUUCUACAAAACGCUCCGCACCGUCGCCCAGCGCUAUGGCAAUGUGAGCGUGGAGGGCGUGCACAAGAAGAUCAAUCUGGCCGACACGCUGCUGGCCUGGGAGCACGAGCGAUUCAGCAUGAAGCGCAUGCCUGCCUUUACCCUGUCGAAUGUGAAGAGCCAUAAGGACCCGCAGCGGAACACCAUCUUCGAGGAUGACACCGCGGAGGAGCAGCUGGACGCGCUCGAGCGUAAUGUGAAGAUUAUUGCCGAAGCGCUGGCAAGCCAUAUCUACAACGUGCCGGCCGACGACGGUGCCGCCGGUGAGAUCUUCACCGGCUCGAUGGCCAUCAGCCGGGAGCAGAUUAAACCCUGGCUUAACAUCCGCUCGACGCAGCAGAACAACGAUCUGAAGUACGCGUUCGAAAAGUACCUGCGCAACGUGAAGGUCACGUACGAGAAGCCGGACGCCCGCGAACCGGACUUUAUGCUGUACGACGAUCGUGACGCGCUGCUCAACAUCUACAACGUGAAGCCGGCCGUGUUCGAUCUCUUCCUGACGUUCAUGAUUGCUGCCUACCUGUCGGCGGUCUACUUUGCCAUCUUCCACUUCCCGAGGCUGUACGGUUUCGUGUGUCGCAUGACGGUAGCCAAAACCAAAGUAAACUAAGCGCCAUCAACUUCAUCAUCAUACCGGUUAGGGACCAUACGGGGGUCGUCGGGUGUAUGAUUACGGGAUGGGCGCAUUUAUCGAGUUUUAGUGCGCUUGGGUAGUAUGUAGCGAGAAAAAGAAAGAGAGAGAGAGAGAGAGAGAGAGAGAGAGAGAGAGAGAGAGAGAGAGAGAAAGAGAGAGGGAGCAAGAGAGAGGGAGAGAAAGAAAGAGAGAGAGAGAGAGAGAGAGAGAGAAAUAGUAGAUUAUGUUGUUCUAUUUUCCCUUGUCCCCUGUUGAAACUCAAGCUCCCAGGCAUUGCUUCUCAGAUUCAUCCGACAUGCAAAAUCGUUCGAUGGCGUCACGUGUCCAGGUGGACAGGAAUUUCGUUUUAUUUUCUUCACUACUAUUCGUCUUUUCAUUUUCAUCACUGCUCGGAAUCGUUGCACUGUGCGUAGGCUUUAGGAUCGUUUUGUUUGUUAUCCCAGUACUUGAACGCUAGUCGGUAUUGAACGUUAAUCGUAUCGAAAUCGUUUGCCGUUUCCUCGGUACUGCGCAACAGGCACCGGGCGGGAAUGGGUUUGCAUUUUCCCUCUGUUCAUUUGUGUGUUUCCUUUGUGCGGUGUGUUUGCUCCUUGUGCAUCGUGUGCUAGCGAAAGCUCUAGUAGCUAGCAUUCAUCGUAAAGCAUUGAACCGAGCAUGAAACAAAUAAAUGCAUCGAAUUGCCAAAUGAG